AUAUGAAAUGGCGGAUCUAAUGAAUGAAUGAGAUGCAAGCGUUAACAACAAUAUUAUACAAAUACAAUGACAAAAACGUGUCGCUGAAACAACUUGUGUAUACACGUUCAUAUAUCUACAAUGUCGGGUAGAGGCAAAGGCGUGCGGAGACGGACAAGAAAGGCCAUAGCGGGACGGGAACGAACAGGGGAACGGGGGAUGCGAGCGGCGGUCAAUCUGGCACCGGCGGUGGAACCAAUGGCCAGAGGGCGUAGAAGGGCUGCGGCGGAAACGGCUCCGGUACGAGAUCAGGCACCAACCCCGGUUCCUGGGCCAGAACCAGAGGCGGCACCCGCAUCAGCACCACCUGCAAAGCGAUUACGCGCAGACGAGAGCGCCGUAAAUGAAAUCAGUGAAAUGGACGGAAAACUUGAAAUGCAUGGUGGUUUGAAUGAGAGCGAAGUCGAAAAGAUUGCAUCACAUUUGCAAGAUGGCAGAUUAGUUGAACUUAGCAAAUCUUUUCUCAUGAGGAUAAAAAAUUGUUCCGACCUAACGAACAAGGGUGGUGGUUUCGGUAAAAUAUAUAUUUCUCGCGUUCCUAUUCCUGGAUUCAAACACAGACUUGUCCUUAAGGCAAUUGGAGGUGAUGAUGAGAACUCAAAAUCUCAAACGCAACUUUUUGGGUCCGUUAAAAAUGAGAAGCUGGCAUCACGCGUGAGACACUUUGCUAUCGUUCCACUGUUGGCAUACCACGAUGAUCUGUCGAUAGGUGUAUGUUACUUGAUUUCACCGUAUUUUGAAAAUGGUGAUCUGUUCGAUGCACUUCGAUCCGACAACGGAGACAACGUUCUUCUUGACUGGAAAACAAGGCUGAAAGUGAGCUACCAGAUAGCAUGUGGAAUAGACUACAUGCAUACAAGUAAUUCGUUUCGGGGAACCAUUCUACAUCUGGACAUCAAGUCAAAGAACAUCGUGCUUGAUAACAAAUUCAACGCUAGGUUGAUAGAUUUUGGCUUGUCAAGGGAGUCAAUGACAGGAAGUAAUAUAACAACAGCGCCUUUAGCAGGAACCGAAUUAUACCGUCCACCAGGUGUUCACAAAACGAGCCCUUUACUGGAUUAUUAUGCUUUCGGUGUUGUUAUUCGGGAACUUUUAACCGGCCUAGGUCCUGAGGGAACAUGUCGUUCUCAGACACCACUGGGACGGUUGGACAUGGUGAAUUUUGAAGAUGUGAUACAGAGACGUAUAUGGACAAUUGAUUAUGUCUGGAAGAGUGUGUCCAGUAUAGCAAGUCGAUGCAUAUCUAGCGUAGAUGAUGACGAAACAAGUGGUCAAAUAUCAUCAGCUUUAAUACGCACAUCAUUGAAGUCAAUUUUAAUCAAAGAAUCAAUACAAAAGUGGUCGGUCUUGGAUGACAAUAACUGCGAAAUAUGUAUAGUUAAUGGACAAUUGGAAAAAGAAGAUAUUUCCUUUCGCCGAGUAUCAGAAAUAAAUCAUUCUAACUGCGCAACAAAAAUCAAAAUAUGUUGUGCCUGCAUGAGGAAUUCGUACAUAAAUCCAGUAAAGUGUCAGGAGUGCGAUAACGAGAUCAAAUCUAUCAUAGGAGAUGGAUGGGGCGCCAUUUUAAUAGCUGGAUUCGACGAAGACAACGAUUCGUUUCGAAAUGAUGUGAUGAUGUUCGCACAAGCUAUAUCAUCGAAAGUUCUGCCAUCGAUGUGUGUAAGCACUGUGAUCACAAUUGAUUCGGCAACGCAAACAACAGAACCUGUGUCAGUCCGGAUUGAUGAUGCAUUUAAUACGGUUAUGAGACACAAUGUUCACACGUUGGUGUUUCUCUACUCAGGACACCACGGCAACGACGGAUUUAAAGUUGGCAUGAAUGAAUAUGUCAGCAUGCAACACAUUAACAGAAAAAUACAAGAAUGUACACACGUUGAAAAAGUCAUAGCAUUUGUGGACUGUUGCCAGCCAGAAAUAUUCAGAGUAAAAGAAGAACGACGUCUCAUUCAAUUCAACGCAACUGCGAGUACGGAUACGGCCAUAUCUUUACGAAACGAAGGAAGUCCUUUUACGAAGUUGUUGGUACAGGCUUUUACGAUGAAAGCUUCAGGUGGCAAAUGUGCUUUGCCGCAUUGUGAAUGUCGCAUAGAUGGACCCUUUAUAACAAUCGAUUCGUUAUCGCAUUACAUUGAGAUACACAGACAAAACGGACUUUUGCGUGGCAUGGAACCUGACAAGAGCUUGAUGAAAAUUAAUUGGCAAAAUGAAUGCCUUGCCUACAAUAACUCAUACAAAGUGGCAUUUCGUUUCGACAUUGUACUUCCUGAACCGUUUACGUCAAAACACACAUACGAGGUUCUGGCAACAACUGUGAACGACUAUGAUGCCCUGAUACAAACGAUCCUAUUUCCGAGAUUUGCUGACUUAUUGGGAGAACAACUUAAUGUGCAUCAAAAGUCAAUGUCACAUGCAGACAAGAAUGCCGAUUGCUUGUGCAUUGUUUAUGAUACGGGUCCCAAAUGGUGUGAAGAAGUAGACAACAUUGAAAAACUUGUGCUUGCUUGGAACUCGAAGCGUUUGUUGUGCUGCAAGCUACGAUUCUCACUGACAGGCAAUUGUCAUAAACCGUCCGGUUUUUUCUUGAAAAACGAAAGAAUUUGAGUUGACAGAAAUGGAGAGUUUCAUAAAGGAUUUACAAGAUAAAAGGAAUAAGUGCGACACUGACACAGAACAAGCGUUAUCCGUUUUCAUUUCAAACAUGUCUUCAUUUAUUCAUGGCUGCAAA